AGCAGCACAGCGAGGAAGGAUCUCCCCGGAGUGAGCGCUCAGUGUCACACAGCCGGAAUCUGACAGGGAGGUACCGGGGAGACAGCGCAGAGCCACAGACAUGGCAGAAGUGAGAAAGUUCACCAAGAGGCUGAGCAAGCCCGGGACAGCCGCGGAGCUGAGGCAGAGCGUGUCCGAGGCUGUCAGGAGCUCCGUCAUCUUGGAGAAGGCAAGGAUGGUGGAACCUUUGGACUAUGAAGCUGUGAUUUCCCAGAGAAAAGCUCAGAUCUUCAGUGAUCCCCAUCGAGAUAUGCUGAUGUUCCCAAUGGAGGAUGUGUUUAUUUCCACGGUAGAUCGUCAGCACAGGACUGUCAAAUCUUCAGUACCGGAAUAUGCAGAAAACAAAGCCAAGAGUCUAUUCGUGAACGAGUGCAUAAAAUACUACAGCUCAGACUGGAAAGUGGUGAACUACAAAUAUGAAGAGUAUUCCGGGGACUUUAGAGCCUUGCCUUGUAAAUCAUUUCGGCCAGAGAAGACUCCCAGCCAUGUAUUUGAGAUAGAUGAGGACUUCGAUAAAGAUGAGGAUUCCUCAUCAAUUUGUUCUCACAAGGGAGGCAUAAUUAAACAAGGCUGGCUUUAUAAGGCCAAUUUUGGAACCACGAUUCCUGUCACCAUGAAGGUAUUCAGAAGACGCUACUUCUAUCUGACUCAGCUGCCUGAUGGCUCCUAUAUCCUAAACUCAUACAAGGAUGAAAAAACUACAAAGGACUUGAAAAACUGUAUCUUCCUGGAUUCCUGCAUUGAUGUCAUCCAGUGCCCAAAGCUGCGCCGUAAUGCUUUCGAGCUGAGGAUGCUAGAUAAGUCGUUCCAUCAUCUGGCAGCUGAGACGGAACAGGAAAUGGAGGAGUGGUUGCUGACAUUGAAGAAAAUCAUUCAGUUCAACACAGACAGCCUGGUGCAAGAGAAGAAAUACACAGCGGAUGCUGCUCAAGAUGAUGAUGGUGGUGCAGGGAAAACAGAGAACAUCAUGGAAAGUCUGGAGAAGAGCAUGCAUCCGGAGCUGGUGAAGUAUGGAAGAGAAACUGAGCAGCUGAAUAAGUUGAGCAGAAAUGAAGGACGACAAAAUCUAUUUUCAUAUGACUCUGAUGUGCAGAGGUUGGAUUUCUCUGGCAUUGAACCAGACAUACGGCCAUUUGAAGAGAAGAGCAGCCAUCGUUUCAUAGUUAGCUGCCAGGAAUUGAGCUUUAAUAUACUUGGGAAUGUGACUGAAAAUGGUGAAGGCCCGCUGACUAAUGUUGAACCAUUCUUUGUCAGUCUAGCUCUGUUUGACGUGAAAAAUAACUGCAAGAUUUCUGCUGACUUCCAUGUCGAUCUUAACCCUACGUCGGUAAGAGAAAUGUUGAGUAACGUUUCACCGGAUGCAGCUGCGGAUGGGAAUUCUAAAAGGGCGUCAACCAAUGAGAACCUUAUCCAUGGUAUCCCGGAGUCUUACUUUCACUACAUCAAGGAGGGAAUCUUUUCAGUGACAAGCCCACAUUCUGAGAUCUUCCUGGUAGUGCGAAUAGAAAAGGUAUUACAGGGGAAUAUCACGCACUGUGCCGAGCCAUACAUCAAAAACUCUGAUCCUGCAAAGACAGCGCAAAAAGUGCACAAAAUUGCCAGACAAGUUUGCCUGCGGCUGGGUCAGUACAGAAUGCCGUUUGCUUGGGCUGCAAGACCAGUAUUUAAGGACACACAGGGUACCUUGGACACUGAAGGGAAAUUCUCUCCUUUAUAUAAACAAGACAGCAGCAAACUUUCCAAUGAAGACAUCCUCAAGCUACUGGCAGAAUAUAGGAAACCAGAGAAGACUAAACUCCAAGUUAUUCAAGGAAGCCUGGAUGUCACUAUAGGUUGUGUUCCACUUGACUUUUCAAACUGUGUGACCUCUUCCUAUGUCCCGGUUAGGCCGUACGAUAAAGAGCACCAGAGAAUUGCUAUGGAAGUUGAAGAAUUUCUGCCAGAAACGACAAAAUACUGCUAUCCGUUCACUACCUACAGAAACCACUUCUAUGUGUACCCGCUGCAUUUAAAGUAUGAUGGGCAGAAAUCAUUUGCCAAGGCCAGGAAUAUCGCAGUACGGGUUGAAUUUCGGGACUCGGAUGAGUCUGAUGCACAAGCGCUUAAGUGUAUUUAUGGAAAGCCUGGGGGCCCUGUAUUUACCACAAGUGUGUAUGCAGUUGUCUUACACCACAACCAAAGCCCAGAGUUUUACGAUGAGAUAAAAAUUGAGCUCCCUUUGCACCUUCACCAGAAACACCAUUUGUUGUUCACAUUUUUCCAUGUCAGUUGCGACAUAAACUCGAAGGGGAACAGUAAGAAACAUGACCAUGCGGAAACACCAGUUGGGUACAGCUGGGUACGCUUAUUGAAGGAGAGUAGGAUUAUAACGUCUGACCAGCAGUUGCCAGUGUCCGCCAAUCUCCCACCUGGUUAUCUCAGUCACACUGAUCCAGACUUGAAAAAGAGUAGCAAUGAUAUCAAGUGGGUGGAUGGAGCAAAACCACUCUUCAAAAUUGGGAGCCAUUUAGAAUCCACUGUCUAUACACAGGAUUUACAUCUGUACAAUUUCUUUGAGUACUGCCAGAGGAUCCAGCCAGGGUCAAAAGAUCUUCCCGGAGAGCUUGUGAAAUAUUUGAAGUGUUUGCACGCAAUGGAGGUCCAUGUGAUGAUACAGUUUUUGCCUGUAAUUCUUACACAGCUCUUUCAGCUUUUGAAAACAACUUCCCAUGAAGAUGAAGUAGCUUUAAAUUGUACUCUGGUACUUCUCCACAUUGUAUCCAAAUGUCAAGAAGAAGGUCUGGACCAUUACCUGCGUUCUUUUAUUAAGUACGUUUUCAGAACAGAGAAGCUGACGUCCCCGCAGAGCAAAACAGUGCACGAGAUCCUGGCUGCCACCAUGAUCACAGUUCUCAAGCAGUCUGCAGAUUUCCUGGCUAUUAAUAAGUUAUUAAAGUAUUCAUGGUUCUUCUUUGAAGCACUAGCAAAAGCCAUGGCAUUGUACCUGAUCGAAGAGAACAAAAUCAAGGUACCAAGACCUCAAAGAUUUCCAGAUUCUUUCCAAAAUGCCUUACACUCGCUGCUCCUGUCAAUAAUCCCACAUGUCACCAUAAGAUACGGAGAAAUACAAGAGGAAUCCAGGAACAUCAACAUGAGCUUGGCCAGCUUCAUCAAGAGAUGUCUGACGCUCAUGGAUCGAGGAUUCGUCUUUAACCUCAUCAAUGACUACAUGUCCGGAUUUAGCCUUAAGGAUCCAAAGAUAUUAAAUGAAUACAAAUUUGAGUUUUUACAAACCAUCUGCAACCACGAGCAUUUCAUCCCUCUAAAUCUGCCAAUGCCGUUUGCCAAACCCAAGCUGCAGAGAGUGCAAGAUUUGUUAUCAUAUGCCGUGGAGCGGUUCUCAUCUGUAGAUAUGAAUCUUGAGUGCAGCUUGACGGACGAUUAUUGUAAGCAUCACUUUCUGGUUGGCCUCUUACUGAGAGAAGUAUUGCACGCCUUACAAGAGAACUGCGAUAUCCGAUAUGCCGCCAUUUCAACAUUAAAGCACCUUCUAAUCAAACAUGCAUUUGAUAACAGAUUCCAGCACAAGAACCAGCAAGCAAAGAUCACCCUGCUGUACCUUCCGCUGGUCCGCAUGCUGCUAGACAAUGUCUCCCGAUUCGCCAGUAAAGACACCGUGUAUCACUGCACCACAGACAUGUCCUCUUCUGUAUCCAGGGACUCUUUUAUGUAUAACUUCUCCGCACCUUCUAACAGAUCAAGCUUGAUCAUGGACAAAGAUACAUGUUACAGCUCCCCGUUUUCCAGUGGCUGCAUGAAAAGAGAGGACUCACGAGGCUCAAUCUGUACCGAUGGGAUGACUGAACCCAGUAUGAAUGGGGAAAAUAUGCGUAGAAGCUCCACCAAAAGCAGCGUGUCCCAUUACAGCAGAUUGGACUCGUACGAGAUUAAGAGCCUACUCAUCUGCUAUCUGUAUAUCGUCAAAGUGAUUUCAGAAGAUUCACUGAUUAGUUACUGGAACAAAAUGUCCCCACAAGAGCUGCUGAACUUUCUGACACUUCUGGAGGCUUGCUUAUUCCACUUCAGAUAUAUCGGAAAGAGAAAUAUGGCAAGAGUUCAAGAUGUUUGGAUAUCUAAGCUUGCUGUGGCAGGGGACAGGAAGUCUCAGACGAUGCCUGCUCUCCGGAGCAAAACAGGAGCCAUGCGUCUACAGCAUCUCAGCAACCUAGAAAGCUCCUUCACACUAAACCAUAGUGUAGGCAUCAGUGAAGCAGAUAUCUUACAUCAGGCAUUGUUAGAAGGAAACUGUACCACCGAAGUGUCCCUCACAGUGCUGGAUACCAUAUCUUUCUUCACACAGACCUUCCGGACUCAGCUCCUCAACACAGAGUGUCAGAAUCCCUUGAUGAAGAAACUGUUUGAUAUUUAUUUGGCUUUUCUGAAAAAUGGACAGUCAGAAAUAUGUUUAAAACAUGUCUUUGCAUCGCUCAGAGCCUUCAUCAGCAAGUUUCCGUCAGUGUUCUUUAAAGGGAGAGUGAACAUGUGCGCAGCCUUUUGCUAUGAGGUUCUCAAGUGCUGCACAUCGAAACUCGUCUCCACCAGGAACGAAGCAUCUGCUCUCCUCUAUCUUCUCAUGAGGAACAACUUCGAGUUCACUAAGAGGAGGACAUUUCUCAGGACACACCUACAGAUAAUAAUCGCUGUAAGCCAGCUGAUUGCCGACGUGGCUCUUAGCGGAGGUUCCAGGUUCCAAGAAUCACUUUCUAUCAUUAACAAUUUUGCAAACAGUGACAGAGCAAUGAAGUCGACAGCAUUUCCAUCAGAAGUCAAAGAUCUGACAAAAAGAAUCCGCACAGUUAUCAUGGCUACAGCUCAGAUGAAGGAACAUGAAAAGGACCCUGAAAUGCUGGUAGACCUCCAGUACAGUUUGGCAAAGUCAUAUGCAAGUACCCCUGAGCUCCGAAAGACCUGGCUGGAGAGCAUGGCCAAGAUCCAUGUAAAGAAUGGAGACUACUCAGAGGCUGCAAUGUGUUGCAUCCAUGUAGCUGCUUUGGUUGCUGAAUUCCUCUACAGAAAAAAACUUUUCCACAGUGGCUGUUCUGUGUUUAAGAAGAUCACGCCGAAUAUUGACGAGGAGGCAGCCAUGAAAGAAGAUGCCGGCAUGCUGGAUGUCUACUACAGUGAGGAGGUGUUGGUGGAGUUACUGGAGCAGUGUGUGGACAGCUUAUGGAAAGCGGAGAGAUAUGAAACCAUCUCUGAAGUCUCAAAGAUGCUUAUUCCAAUUUAUGAAAAGAGACGAGAAUUUGAGAAACUCACACAGCUGUACAGGACUCUCCACAAUGCGUAUACAAAGAUCCUGGAAGUCAUGCAUUCUGGGAAACGCUUACUAGGAACUUAUUUCAGGGUGGCCUUCUAUGGACAAGCUUUCUUUGAAGAUGAAGAUGGCAAAGAAUACAUCUACAAGGAGCCAAAACUUACUGGCCUUUCUGAGAUAUCGUUACGACUCCUAAAUCUAUAUGGGGAAAAGUUUGGUACAGACACUGUGAAAAUGAUCCAAGAUUCUAAUAAGGUUAAUGUUAAAGAUCUUGACCUAAAGUUUGCACACAUUCAAAUAACUUAUGUGAAGCCAUUCUUAGAAGAACAAGAGCUCUCUGAUAGGAAAACAGAUUUUGAGAAGAAUCACAAUAUCAGCCGAUUUGUUUUUGAAACACCGUAUACUCUGUCAGGCAAAAAACAUGGAAGCGUGGAAGAGCAAUGCAAGAAAAGAACAAUCUUAACAACAUCAAACUCUUUUCCAUAUGUGAAGAAGAGAAUACCGGUUAUCUACGAGCACCAAGUUGACCUGAAGCCAAUAGAAGUGGCCAUAGACGAGAUAAAGGACAAGACUGCAGACCUGCAGAAGAUCUGCUCAUCUGUGGAAGUGGAUAAAAUCCAGCUGCAGCUUAAGCUACAGGGCUGUGUAUCCGUGCAGGUAAAUGCUGGUCCUUUAGCAUACGCCAGAGCUUUUCUUGAUGACAGUCUGUCCAGCAAGUAUCCCAGCAAGAAGAUUAAGGAGCUAAAAGAUAUAUUCAAACAGUUCGUACAAGCGUGUGGCACCGCAUUGGACAUAAAUGAACAGCUCAUUAAAGAGGAUCAGUUUGAAUACCACGAAGGGCUGAAAUCAAACUUCAGAGAGAUGGUAAAAGAACUCUCCGAAAUUAUCCACGAGCAGAUAUACCAAGAAGACACCAUGCACAAUUCCUGGAUGCAGAAUUCCUUGCAUGUCUUCUGUGCCAUCAGUGGAACUACAGCUUAAUCAUCCAUUUUAUGACAAUGAGCGCAAGUGUCAAAGCGCUACAUUCCCCUAUCCCAGGAACAAUCCAACACAGACUUCUAAACUAUUUCAAAAUGUAGUGGAAAAAGCCAUUAUUUAACGCUAUAGAACCUGUUCAAGAGACAUAAGGGCUGAUUCUGAGUGUUGUGCGGAGUUCUGUGCUAUUCUGAGUCGUCGUACGGAGAAGGGAAGCCUGUUUCAGGCGGAUCUCUUGCAAGUACCACUACUAAGGAUGACAGUCCGGCUGUUGGUGUCAAAUAAAUGAGAGUCAGGGCUUCCCGCUUGCAGAUUCACGAAUCCUUGCAUUAACUGUGUGGAAUCUCACAUAAAGAUCUACAGCUACCUGCAAAUACAGACACUUUGCAUCCAACUCAGAAUCAGCCCUAUAGAGUGUGACUGCUGAGACAAUGAAUUGUAAAUGUAUCUAUAUAUUAUAAAUGUAUUGUUUGGAUCCUUAUUGCACAGUGCUGUAUACACUUAUUUAAAUGUGUACUGUAAAAUACUGUAAAACAAUCAGUGUUCAUCAGUUUUUAUAGGUAUUUAAUAAGCGCACCUUUCAUCUACAGACAGUGGAGCUGAACCAAUAUUAAUGAAAAUGUCACCUCUAAGUAUUGAAGUCACUGGUCCCUAGUGAACUUGUAUGCUGCACUUCCUGUUCCUCUUUGAUGUCACUGGUUCCUAGUGAACUUUUAUGCUGCACUCCCUGUUCCCCUCUGACAGUGGUUUCCAAACUUGAUCCUCAAGGACCCCCAGCAAUUCACAUUUUCCAGGUCUCACAGAAUCACUAGAGAAAUGAAUUCCACUGUGGAUCUUUUAAAAUGUGUCAGUGAGUAAUGAAUACACCUGUGCAACUGCCCGGUGACUUGGAAACAUAAACUGUUAGGGGUUCUUGAGGAACGAGUUUGGGUACCACUAGGGAGGCCAAUCCCAAGAUCAGGAUCCCGUGAUUCUGGCCCAAAAAUGCCGGUAUUGGAGCCUCCAAUACUGGGAUUCACGGGAUUAAAUUGCUCAUGCGCAGUUUUGCCAGGCAGCGCUGAGCACUAUAGCACAGGGCUGUGCGGCCCGGGUGGCAGCAGGGUGUUUAAAGCUUAGGCGGGCAGCCAUGAACACAUAUUGACAGCAGCGGCGGAAUUUCAAAUGUAGCGCCGGCCACCAGCCAAUUGGAGCUGGUGGACCGGCAGCCAAUCAAGGAAGAGACAGCAGCAGCGGCUCCUGACUGACUGCUGGACUGCACGAAUCCCGGAAUUGAAAAAAUGGCCUAGGAUUGGUCUCCCUAGGUACCACUGCUCUAUGAUAUCACUGGUUCCUAGUGAACUUGUGUGCUGCACUCUCUGUUCCUUUAUGAUGGCACUGGUUCCUGGACAACUUGUGUGCUGCACUCUCUUUUCCAAUGUCAAUGGUUCCUAUCAGGGGCGCUAGAAUGUUUUGUGGUUGGUGGGGGGGGGCCUAAAAAAACACAUUUUGGCGCUCUCCCCAAUUAUACCCCCACCUCACCCCCACCCGUGCGGGGAGCGCUUACCACGGGAUCCCCGCGGAGACUUCUACUUUAAAAAGUUUGCUCUGUGCUGCAGCAGCGUGCUUCCCCCUGUCCUGUCUUAGUCAUCUCUUCACUGAUGCAUUACUGGAAGGAGGCAUGGCCUGGCUGCGCCUGCUGGGACAUCCACGCCUCCUCCCAGU